AUGGCCUCCGAAUCGCCUCACCCUACCAUCCAACCAGGUAAUCACCAAGCCUACAUGGAAUAUGCUCUCGAAAAGGCACGACUCUCACCUCCGGCAUCUACAAAGUUCUGUGUCGGGGCCGUCCUUGUCGAUGGAGACAGUCGCGAGAUUCUGUCGACCGGUUACUCAUUGGAAUUACCUGGUGACAGACCAGGAGACCCCGGCUCGACACACGCCGAACACUGCUGCCUCAUCAAAGUCGCCGAGAAACACAAGGUCCCAGAUGACCACGUCGGAAAAGUACUACCCAAGAACACGGUUCUUUACACGACCAUGGAGCCAUGUAACGAGCGGUUGAGUGGCAAUCGAACUUGCGUCGAGAGAAUCCUCGCGCUCAAGGACUCGAUCAACUUGGUCUAUGUCGGCAUCACGGAGCCGGGAACAUUCAUCGGCCUCAACGAAGGAAGAAAGAGACUGGAAGAGGCGGGCGUCGAGGUCAGACAGAUUGAGAAGCAAGAUCUUCGAGACCGCAUAUUCAAAGCCUCUACAGCAGGACAUGAUCAAUAG